CAUCACAUCUAGCAAACAGAAUGAGCACUCAAAACGCUCUCAAUGUGGCAGCUCAGUCUAUCCGACAAGCAAAGAGAGCGCUACGAAAACAAAUGGCCGCACAUCUAGCAACGAUACCGCCAACAGAGCUGGUACAACAAUCCACUGCAGUCACACAACACGUUUUGAAUCAUCCCGCAUACAGAGAUGCAAAAAGUGUCAGCAUAUACGUUAGCAUGGAUCAAGGAGAAGUACGAACGGAAGAACUAUGUAAGCAAACACUAUUGCUGGGAAAAAAGCUAUACGUUCCACGAUUUGCAAAAGUUACACCUCCAACGCAACAAGUAGGAGGAUCUACCACAGAAGCGGCACAAAAGGCAUCUUUUGAUUCGGAUAUGCGGAUGCUCAGAGUGAAUGAUUGGGAAGACUACGAAGCCAUGGUCAUGAAUCGAUGGGGAAUACGAGAGCCAGAUGAGCACUACAGAGAAGCGCAGAGGGAAGAUGCCCUGGAGGAGUCGAGCGGAGGAAGUGGAUUGGAUCUGAUACUUGUACCGGGCGUGGCAUUCGAUCUGUACGGAGGAAGAUUAGGUCACGGAAAAGGAUAUUAUGAUCGAUAUAUUGCAAGAUGUCAAGAAUUUGCCAAAAUUAGACGGCUGCCUUCCUGUAAAACGAUCGCUUUAUCGUUAAGCCAGCAAAUUUUACCAUCUCCUGAAAGAGUGCCAAGUGAUGAACGAGAUGAACCAUUAGACGCAACUAUAUCACAAAGCGGCAUCCUUUCUACUAAUGGCAAAGGAUAGGCCGAAUUGAAUGGGGAUGCACAGAUAUUGAUUUUCUGUUUUUGGCAUUCUAUGACCGCUAAUUGAUUCGCGAUCCCGAGGCCCUCUCUAAAAAUAAACAGAUUAUUAUUCUCACGGAAUGACUCUCUGUAAUUUCAGUCUUGGCUGUUGAUAUGAAUCAUUUCGAAAGGAUCGUGUAUUAUUAUGCGGAGAUGAAUUGCACGCCGAGGAAGAAAUACCUUGGCUUGAUCACCGUUGUCAGCGAUGAUGACAACACAAAUAAAUGCUGAAUUCUUCGAUCACUGCGAUCUGACCUCAUUAUUAUGCUUGAGAAUUCAAGAGAGAAAUGUUGUUUGAUAGCGAUAGCAUUGAGCAUCUCCAAAAAAGGGUUUGUGUUCACAUGAACCUGCU